CCGCCGCGUUGACAGGUGGUUCGACGCCCCCACAGAAGUUUGUUACGCUCGCGUGUUUGCCCUUUGUUUAUAACCCUCGGGGACGAAAUGUAUGAUUAUUACGUGUAAACUGGGAUCCCGCUUUCUGCAUCUCACGUCGUCUGCGAUGUGAUUUCUUGUCGUGAAAGUGUUUCGUAGAAUUACCGGCUCAGUGUACAUUCGAAACUAAAACUAUGCACGGAUACUUUGUGAUAUAAAACUUCGCCGCGUGAGACUUUUUUGUCUGGCGGCAGAGCCAUGAUGGACUGCUUGUGUCCCGCCCCGCGCACCCUCGCCUGCCGCGUGGUGCUGCUGGACGAGAGAGAACUGUUCCACGAGAUACAGGAUAACAGCACGGGGCAGGCGCUGCUCGACGUCGUGUUCCGACAUCUCGACCUGCUCGAAACGGCUUACUUCGGCCUCCGCUACGUUGAUCAAGACAACCAGACUCAUUGGUUGGAUGCUGGUAAGCGGCUCCGACGUCAGCUGCGGGGUUCCGACACCCAUACAUUCUACUUCGGCGUUAAGUUCUACGCGUCGGACCCGUGUAAACUCCUAGAGGAGAUAACGCGGUACCAGUUGUUUCUACAACUAAAGCAAGACGUUCUCCGUGGAAGGCUGCCAGUAAACUUCGAUCUCGCUGCGGAGCUCGCGGCAUAUGUCCUACAAUCUGAGCUUGGUGACUAUGACCCCCGACGGCAAAUCCACGGCUACGUGUCGGAGUUCCGGCUGCUGGCGCACCAGACCCCGGAGUUCGAGGGCAGAGCCGCCGACAUACACAGGACACUCACAGGUAUUUCGCCGGCGCAGGCAGAACUCAGCUACCUGGACAAAGUGAAAUGGCUCGACAUGUACGGCGUCGAUCUACAUCCCGUGCUGGGGGAAGACAGCGUUGAGUACUUUUUGGGCCUCGCGCCAAGUGGCCUGUUGCUUUUGCGAGGGAAGCACACGGUGGCCACCUACUACUGGCCUCGGGUCUCCAAGUUGUACUACAAAGGAAGAUAUUUCAUGAUACGCGUUGCGGACAAAAAUAAUGACACGUCAACGUACGGGUUCGAGUCCCCGACGCGGUCGGCGUGUCGCCACCUGUGGCGGUGCUGCUCCGACCACCACACCUUCUUCCGCCUGCAGCAGUCCUCGCCGGCCUCUGCAGACAUCUUCGCUUUGGGCUCGAGGUUAAGGAAUAGCAGCGGCAGGGGCCGGCCGCGGCCUCCGCCCGCGUUCACGCGCACGCCAUCGCGCCGUAUCGCGCGGCCCCACUCCCUGUACUCCACGCAUGAUGUGCCAAAGUUAGAAGACUUGAGAAUAAAAGACUGCCCUCCAGAAAUAAAACAACCUACCUCGGUACACCGCCCCAAUUCCAUAAGCGGCGAAGGCAUCCCCGCGGUCGGCGGGUCCCCUCGCUCGACGCGGUCGGCGCCGGCCCGCCGCGGCCUGUACUCGGCGUCGCCCACCGCGCACCGCCCGCCGCCCGUGCCGAGACACCGCUCAGCCAGCGUCGACUCGCAGAGUUCUAACGACUCUAGGUCUAACCGCAAACAUAGACACCGGUCGCGGCGGCAGCAGUCGGACGCGGAGAGCGAGCUGUCCCGGGGCUCCGGCCGGUCCGGCAGGCGGCACCGCCGGCACCGCUCCCGGCACAAGCACGAGUCCGGCUCCGAGCGGGACGACUCACAGCCGGACACCAAAGAAUACGAGUUAAUUGACUCAGAAUCACAAUGGAAGGAGGUCCUGAGGCAGACGACGGCGGGCGGCGGCGUGCAAGUGGCGAGUGUCCGACGAUCACAGGCGGAUGCAGAAGGCACCAAUCGAUCAUCACACAGACCUCGAAGGCAUAGGAAGCAUCGGUCACGAUCUGGUUCACCGAACGACAAGAAAUGGCUGCCGACGGAGCUGAAGCAGCACCUGGAGUUCUCGCUGGUGGAGACGGCGGGCAUGACGGAGGAGCAGCUCAAGGAGAUACCGUACACCGUGGUGCAGACCAGUCACGCCCGGCACACCAAGCUCCGUACCUCGGGCAAGCACAGGCAGACUGAUCACGGCUCCCUGUCGCGACGGGAGAAGGGUCACAAGAGUGAGAACGUCGCCCCCCCGCGCCCCGCCUCCAGCACCAGCGCGCACCGGACUAGCGACAAGCAUGGACGGCGCGUGUACCCGAGUUACGAUGAGACGUUGGAGCGUGCCGGCGACGACUUCCUCACCAACAACGGGUAUAAAGGGUCCGUCACACACCUCAACAACAACCCGUACAGUCCUGUCACCAACAGCAACAGUAACAGCUCGAGCGGCGAGCUGAUCGGCAGCGCGCGAGUGUCACACGAGCACACGGACUCCGGACUCGGAGCGGAUCAAGACUACGCGUAUUCUUCGGAGAGGUCGAGUGACAGCGCCAAGUGCGGUGCGAACGGCUCAACCGCCCCAGUGAGUAGAGUGUGGCGGGCGGGCGCGGGCGGCGCGGGAGGGGCGGCGUGGGGCGCGGGGUGCGGGCGCGCGGUGCGAGUGUCGGCGAGACCGCGACUGACGGCGUCGGGCUCGCAACGGUCCCUGCUGUCGGUCGCCAGCGACAGCGCCGCGGCCCGACGCCGCGACCCUGCACCCCCCACCUACCCGCAGGCAGACUCGGGCUUUUCUCUAUUUAGACAUGCUAGCAACAACAACAUAAUGGUGGGCGAGAGCGGGUCGCUGGCGCGGCGGUACGCGCGGCCGACGCGCGAGUCGCGCGACUACAACGCGAACUUCGCGCGGACGCACACCCGCCUGGCGGGCGCGCCGCACUCGCACUUGCGACACGACAACACGCUCGACAUUAUACUAAAACCGCUCAUAGAAAGCACGCAGCUUCAGAGCAAUUGAAUACAUCAAGUGAGGCACCAGGCGCUGCGGAAUCCGCUUUUUCCACAUCCAGCGACCUCAGCAAACCUCCGGGCGGGGCCGAAAUGA